CUUCCCCUGCACGAAGCUUUGGAGGCUCAAACAACAACAAAAAAAAGAACCAACAUGAAGAGUUUCACUCUGAGAUCCCAAUUCUACAUCCCUACUCACUCAAAUCUCAUCGCCAACAAUCCUUCAUUCCUCAUCUCCUCCAAAUCAAAAUCAUCAUCCCUUUCAGUCAGAAAACACAAACCCACAUCACAAAUCACUAAAUCCCCUUCAAGAACCAACCUUUUUAACAGGCCCUUGUUGUUUGACUCAGAAAGAGUCAAAAUCACACCCAAAUCCAACAAGUCAUCUUCAAUAGAGAAAUUAUCAGGAGAUGAAGAACCUCAUCCCUUGGGCUUUUCUACAAAGUUAGAGAAAUUAAUUCCAUAUGGUGAAAAUUCAAGGUAUGUGAUCGUGGGAGCUGUUUCUAUGGGGUUUAUAAUGCUGCUUAUGGGCUCAGAUGACCACCAAAAGGCAUUAGCUUUUGGUCCAGAAGGGCCAUUGAUGGAAGAUUUUUGGGAUAAUAUGAGAAGAUAUGGGCUUUAUGCUUUAACUGUGAGUAGUGGUGUUCUAUAUGCAGUUUUUCAGCCACUUUAUGAGUUAUUGAAGAACCCCAUUUCAGCCAUACUUGUUCUGACGAUUCUUGGGGGUGGAUUUUACAUCGUUUCUCAAGUGGUUUCUGCGAUGGUUGGUAUCACGGAGUUCAGUUAUGAAUAUAAUUACUAGCCACAGUUUACAUUUCCUCUUAUCAAUUUUGAUGAUGAUGGUAAUCAUAGACUUGAUAUUGGUUAAUAGCAAAAUUCCCUAGUUUUGCUCUGGUUCUUUGUUUAUAAACAAUGUAAGAUGAUAAAUAUUGCUGCAUACUUAUCAACUUAUCCUUGUUGUAGCUUAUGGCUUUCUUUUUCUGUUGAUUGGCUUGAAAAGAGCAGCUUGCCAAAGUUCCCU